CCUUUCCAAGUUGCCCUCGUGAAGAACGCUGGCAUCCUGUGUGGGGGGAGCUUAGUAGCCAGCCGAUGGGUCCUCACAGCCGCUCACUGCGGGCGGGCACUAACAAAAAACACACGGGUGUUAAUCGGGACGGACACGUUACGGGACGGGACAGGACAAUGGAGGAAUAUUAUAAAGAAAUCCACCCAUCCGGGAUACAACCCCUACAGGAACGACAACGACUUCAUGCUCCUGAAGUUGGACCAGCCUGUUCGUUUCGGCAGCGGAGUCAAGAUGAUCCGAUUACCCAGGCGGUGUCCUGUGGGCGGAAUGAAGUGCAGUGUCUCUGGCUGGGGCACAACUAAGUCCCCUGGAGCGAAGCUACCCAGAAACUUGCAGUGUGCCGCCAUCCAAACCUUCGACUGGGGCAGGUGCGCCAGGGUGUACGGGAACGCCAUCACCCCCAACAUGUUCUGCGCCGGUGUCCCCGAGGGCGGCAUCGAUUCCUGCCAGGGUGACUCCGGGGGGCCGCUGGUGUGCAACGGGGUGCUGCAGGGCGUGGUCUCGUGGGGCAUGGCCGUCUGCGG